AUGUGCGCGCUGUAUGGAAGAAGUGACAAUGAAGAUGCACCAGUGCCGUAUGCGGACCCUGCGCCGUACGCGGACCCGGUGGCUGAGAUCGAAUGGUUGCCCCAUGGGCCCCUGGAGGAGCUGACAACUGGUGGCCAUGCGGUGCCGGUGACCAGCGGCAUGCUGCUAGAGGAACCAGCUGCGAACGAGGAGGAGCUAAGGACGUUCGACGAGGAGCUGAGGACGUUCGACGAGGAGCUGAGGACGUUCGACGAGGAGCUGAGGGCGUACGACGAGGAGCUGAGAGCGUACGACGAGGAGCUGAGAGCGUUGGAAGAGCUGAGAGCAUUCGACGAACUACCACUGCCGCAAGUGUAG